UAGUAAUGUAUUUAUUUUUUCAUUUUUAUUUUUAUUUAUUUAUUUAUUUAUAUUUUUAAUGAACUCUUUUUAAACGUCUUUUCUUGAAAUUGUUGCUUUGCGUUUCUUUAUGUUUUAUGUAAAGCACUUUGAAUUGCCCGGUUGUUGAAAAUGUGCUAUACAAAUAAAUUUGCCUUGCCUUGCCUUACUGAAAAUCCACAAAGCACGAACGUCUCUGUGCUGAAGACUCUCCCAUGAGGGGAAACCUACUGUUACAAAGUAAAUAGUAAAUAAAUAUCCUGCCCUCUUUACAUGCCUGUGUGUGUUUGUGUGUGUGUGUGUCUGUGUGUGUGUGAGUGCAAGUGUGUGCACACCGUGGCAUUUUUCUAUGUGGUUGUUUUUUCUUUUUGUGAAAGAGAGCAGGGGUUAACGCUGAUCUUAGAUCAGUGGAACUUGUGUCAAGCACAGCUAACUUCACAAUUCAACCCCAAGAAGCAACUGAUUCCUCUGAUGCAACUUCCUUUACUAACAGCUGUACAAGUUAGCUGCAGCCUUUCAGCCACACCCACACAGACACGCAGUCAUUUCGUGCAUUAGUGAGUCUUUUAUAGAUUACAGAUGUUUCAUCGUUCUUCUGGCUGAGUGGAGAUGGUGGUGGAGAUCUAUGCGAGUGCAGACACUGUUAGAGGUCACGACUCCGACACAGAGAAGGAAGGCGGUGACACAAAGAAAGCCCCAGACACAGAUCCGAACACAGGAGGAGACACUGCAUGGAGCAGGUGUUACAGAGUGACUGUAGUGUGUGUGGUGCUGCUGUGUGUUCUCCUGCUGACCGCCGUCACAGUGCUGUGGAUCCGAUUCAACAACCUGACUACAGAAAACAACCAGUUACAGACCAGUUACAACAACCUGACUAUAGAGAGAGACCAGAUACAGACCAGUUACAUCACCCUGACUAUAGAGAGAGACCAGAUACAGACCAGUUACAACAACCUGACUAUAGAGAGAGACCAAUUAAAGACCAGUUACAACAACCUGACUAUAGAGAGAGACCAGUUACAGAGGGAGAGAGAUAGAUACCGGACUACACUUGAUCUGUGUUAUAAAGGGAGGUGUUUCAGCUUUGACUCCAGUGUUUACUGCAUGUCUAAUGAGGAGAAGAACUGGGAGGAGAGCAGACAGGACUGCAGGGACAAAGGAGCAGACCUGGUGAUCAUAAACAGCAAGGAGGAGCAGGAGUUCAUCAGUAAACAGCUGGGCGGCAGUCGGGCCUGGAUUGGUCUGAGUGACAGAGCUGUAGAGGGAGACUGGAAAUGGGUGGACGGUACACCACUGACCACUGCGUUCUGGGCUGAACGGGAACCGAAUAAUGAAGCUAAGGAGAGAGGAGAGCGCAUCGAGAAGGUGGUGGAACUCUAUGAGAGAGGAGAUGCUGUUAGACCUCACAAGCCCGAAACCGAGACGGAGGAUGCCAACACGAAGACUCAGCACGCAGGACUGACCACUACGGGGGACAGAUGUUACAGACUGGCUGUUUUGUGUGUGCUGCUGCUGUGUCUUCUCCUGAUGAUUGCUACCACAGUGCUGUGGAUCGAAUUCACCAUCCUGACUACAGAAAAAGAUCAGUUACAGUCCACAUACACCGCUCUUAUAAUAGAGCAAGACCGGUUACAGACCAGUUACAAUAAACUGACCGUAGAGAGAAAUCAUUUACGGACACGUUACAUGAGAAUGACUUUAGAGAGAGACCAGUUACAGACCAGUUACAACAACCUGACUAAAGAGAGAGACCAGUUACAGAGGGAGAGAGAUGGAUACCGGAGUACACUUGAUCUGUGUUAUAAAGGGAGGUGUUUCAACUUCGACUCCAGUGUUUACUGCAUGUCUAAUGGGAACAAGAACUGGGAGGAGAGCAGACAGGACUGCAGGGACAAAGGAGCAGACCUGGUGAUCAUAAACAGCAAGGAGGAACAGGAGUUCAUUGGUAAUCAGCUGAACAGCAGUCGGGCUUGGAUUGGUCUGAGUGAUGGAGCUGUAGAGGGAGACUGGAAAUGGGUGGACGGUACACCACUGACCACUGCGUAUUGGGCUAGUGGAGAACCGAAUAAUGCCGGUGAUGAGGACUGUGCUGAGAUGAUCAAUUCUCCAAAUGGGAAAUUAUGGAAUGAUAAUAGAUGCUCUAAUAAUGAACUCUGGAUCUGCGAGAAACGUGUUGCUCAAUUACAGAUGUUUCAUCAUUCUUCUGACCGAGUGGAGAUGGUGGUGGAGAUCUAUGAGAGUACAGACACUGUUAGAAGUCACGACCCCGACACAGAGAAGGAAGGCGGUGACACAAAGAAAGCCCCAGACACAGAUCCGAACACAGGAGGAGACACUGCAUGGAGCAGGUGUUACAGAGUGACUGUAGUGUGUGUGGUGCUGCUGUGUGUUCUCCUGCUGACUGCCGUCACGGUGCUGUGGAUCCGAUUCAACAACCUGACUACAGAAAACAACCAGUUACAGACCAGUUACAACACCCUGACUAUAGACAGAGACCAGUUACAGACCAGUUACAACACCCUGACUAUAGAGAGAGACCAGUUACAGACCAGUUACAACAACCUGACUAUAGAGAGAGACCAGAUACAGAGGGAGAGAGAUGGAUACCGGUGUACACUUGAUCUGUGUUGUAAGUGCAUGAAUUUUAGAAUAAAGUUUUCUACCCAAAGGUUAAAUGCCCUCAGUGGAAAUCCUGGUGUCAUUUUAAAACUGAACUCAGUGUCUAAAAUGUUGUUUGUGGUGAAAUACAAGUCAUGGCUGUAUGCAGGCAAUAGUUCAGAAACUGUGUGUUUUGAUCUCAGUAAAUUCUCUCUGUAUAUCUCUAUAGAUAAAGGGAGGUGUUUCAACUUCAACUCCAGUUUUUACUACAUGUCUAAUGAGGAGAAGAACUGGGAGCAGAGCAGACAGGACUGCAGGGACAAAGGAGCAGAUCUGGUGAUCAUAAACAGCAAGGAGGAACAGGAGUUCAUCGGUAAACAGCUGGGCAGCAGUCGGGCUUGGAUUGGUCUGAGUGACGGAGCUGUAGAGGGAAAGUGGAAAUGGGUGGACGGUACACCACUGACCACUGCGUUCUGGGCUACAGGGGAACCGAAUAAUAAAGAUGAAGAGGACUGUGCUGAGAUUUUCAGUUUAAAUGGGAACUUUUGGAAUGAUCAGAAAUGUUCUAAUAAUGAACACUGGAUCUGUGAGAGACGUCUUUCUCAGUGACGUGUAUCAUUUAAUAAUCAAAAGCACAUACACAAAUUGAACCAAAUAUAUAUAUAUAUAUAAAAAGUAUAAAAGACAGUAUUGUCAUGAUGAUUGUGUUUCAGUUUCAGUUUCUUGUCAUGAAAAAUGAUUCAGGUUAAAAAACAACAUUUAAAUAAAAAU